AUGGCCCCUCACGCUGAGAUUGACGCGAGCUCCGCGAACGGAUUCGAGCACGCCGCUUCCUCCUCCUCCGCUGCCCCCAAGCAGCUCUUCAUUGUCAAUUCCCCCGACGUCGUCUACACCGACUCGGAAAUCAAGUCCAAGUACACCUACCGCACUACCCAGGUCAAGAAGGACGCCAACGGCCAGUAUGUCGCCACUCCCCAGGAGACCGUCUAUGACUUCAAGGUCGAACGUAAGGUCCCCAAGAUCGGUGUCAUGCUUGUCGGUUGGGGCGGAAACAACGGUUCUACCGUUACCGCUGGUAUCAUUGCCAACCGCCGUGGCCUCACCUGGCAGACCCGCGAGGGAACCAAGAAGUCCAACUACUACGGUUCCAUCCUCAUGGGCUCUACCAUGAAGCUCGGUACCGAUGCUGAGACCAACCAGGACGUCAACAUUCCUUUCCACGACAUCCUUCCCAUGGUUCAUCCCAACGACAUCGUCGUUGGCGGUUGGGACAUUAGCUCCCUCAACCUUGCCGCCGCCAUGGAUCGUGCCCAGGUCCUCGAGCCCACCCUCAAGGACCAGAUCAGGAAGGAGAUGGCCACCAUGACUCCUCUUCCCAGCAUCUAUUACCCCGACUUCAUCGCCGCCAACCAGGAAGAUCGGGCUGACAACCUGAUCCCCGGUACCAAGGCUUGCAACGCCCACGUCGAGCAGAUCCGAAAGCAGAUCCAGGACUUCAAGACUGCCAAUGGCUUGGACAAGGUCAUUGUCCAGUGGACGGCCAACACCGAGCGUUAUGCCGACAUCAUCGAGGGUGUCAAUGACACUGCUGACAACCUCCUCAAGGCCAUCGAAAACGGCCAUGAGGAGGUCGCGCCCUCCACCAUCUUCGCUGUUGCCUGUAUCCUUGACGGCGUUCCCUUCAUCAACGGUUCUCCCCAGAACACCUUCGUUCCUGGAUGCGUUGAGCUUGCCGAGAAGCACAAGUCGUACAUCGGCGGUGACGAUUUCAAGUCGGGCCAGACUAAGAUGAAGUCUGCCUUGGUUGACUUCCUCAUCAAUGCCGGUAUCAAGCUCACUUCCAUUGCCAGCUACAACCAUCUCGGAAACAACGACGGAAAGAACUUGAGCUCCCACAAGCAGUUCCGAUCCAAGGAGAUCUCCAAGUCCAACGUCGUUGAUGACAUGGUCGAGGCCAACUCUGUCCUGUACCAGCCCCACGAGCACCCCGACCACACCGUUGUUAUCAAGUACAUGCCCGCUGUUGGUGACAACAAGCGUGCUCUCGAUGAGUACUAUGCCGACAUUUUCAUGGGUGGCCACCAGACUAUCUCGAUCUUCAACGUCUGCGAGGACUCCCUCCUUGCCGCUCCGUUGAUCAUCGAUCUCGUCGUCAUUACUGAGCUCAUGACCCGCAUCCAGUGGAAGGCUGCUUCGUCUGACGGUGCCGUCACUGCCGACUACAAGGGCUUCCACCCCGUCCUCAGCAUCCUCAGCUACAUGCUCAAGGCUCCCCUGACCCCUCCUGGCACCCCUGUUAUCAACGCCCUGGCUAAGCAGCGUGCCGCUUUGACCAACAUUUUCCGUGCCUGUGUCGGUCUCCAGCCCGAGUCCGAGAUGACUCUCGAGCACAAGCUCUUCUAG